AUGCUCAAUGUACAACCUAACCUUGAGGAAAAUAAGGAGCAAAGGUGCAACAUCUUUCAUAUGAAGUGUAAGGUGAAAUCCAAGACGUGCUUGGUCAUCAUAGGUGGAGGGAGUUGUACUAAUGUGGUGUGUGACUGGUUGGUUGGCAAAUUGGGAUUGAAGGUCCUUAAACACCCAAACUCCUACAUUUUGCCAUGGUUAGGGGAUUCAGGGGAGUUGAAGGUGAAGGCUCAAUGCAAAGUUCCAUUGAAGAUUGGGGAAGUUGAAGAAGAAAUCCUAUGUGAUAUCAUUCAUAUGACGGCAUGUCGUGUUUUGCUAGGGAUGCCAUGGGAGUUUGAUAGAAGGGCCUACAAAAAUGGCUUCACAAAUGAGUAUUUCUACAUGCUCAACGGGGUGAAGGUUCGUUUGAAGCCAUUGCUACCUAGUGCCGUGUUUGAGGAAUUUGAAGAUGUAUUCCCGGAGGAACUCCCAAGUGAACUUCCUCCCAUGAGAGGGAUCGAGCAUCAAAUUGAUUUUUUGCCGGGAUUGUCACUCCCAACCCGGGCCGCAUACAAGGCGAAUCCCAAGGAGACACAAGAGCUACAAAGGCAAGUCGAGGAACUCCUUGCUAAAGAUCUAAUUCGUGAAUCACUAUCUCCUUCUGCCGUACCCGUCAUUCUUGUACCUAAGAAAGACGUUGUGUUUCUUGGUUUUGUUGUGGGAAAGGAAGGAGUGCGGGUAGAUGAAGAGAAGGAGAAGCCAUUAGGGAAUGGCCAACACCUAGGAAUUGGUGUGAGGAUUGUGGGAGUUGUCAUGCAAGAGGGUAAGCCCAUAGCUUACUUCUCGGUAAAGCUAAAUCAAGCCCAGUUGAACUAUCCCACGUACGACAAGGAGUUGUAUGCUAUAGUUCAUUGCCUUGAGAAUUGGCAACACCACUUGAUGCACAAGGAGUUUGUGAUACACACGGAUCAUGAGUCUAUUAAGUUCUUAGGAGGGCAACAUAAACUUGAUAAAAGGCAUCCUAAGUGGAGUGUUUUCCUUGAGACUUUUCCCUAUGUCAUUAAGUAUAAGAAGGGAAAGGACAAUGUGGUUGCCGAUGCUCUUUCUAGGAAACCUUUUGAGACCUUGCAUGAUGGUGCUUUACUUGUGAGUGAUACAGUGUGCUUGAGAAAGCAUGUGCUUGCUAUGUGUGCCUUCAAUUAUGUUGGAUUUGAGUUUAUUAAAGACCUUUAUGAGCAUGAUCACGACUUUAUUCUAUUUACGAAGCUUGUGAAAAAGGAGGCUCACCUAGGGGGCCUAAUGGGUCAUUUUGGGUUGCUUAAAACUUUUGACAUACUAAGUGAGCAUUUCUUUGGCCUUGCAUGA